ACACAAACAAAAAAGCCCGAAUUACAAACAACAAAACUAGGGUUUUAUUGAGUCCAACGACGAUAUAAAACCCUAAUUUAUCGUCCCCUUCAUUUCUUUCUGAGAUCUCUCCUAUAGCCUCAACAACUCAAACCCCCAUUUUUAGAGCUUAGGAGAAGAAAAAUGGCGACAGUACCAGGAUCUUUGGUGUGGGAGAUCGUUAAGAAGAACAACUGCUUUUUGGUGAAGGAAUUUGGAAAUGGAUCUGCUAAAGUUCAGUUUAGCAAGGAAAACAACAACCUUUUCAACAAACACUCCUACAAGUAUUCCGGUCUUGCAAACACCAAGACUGUGUCUGUUCAACCAGGAGGCAAAGACUCAGUUGUGCUCGCUACAACCAAGACCAGGAAGCAGAACAAGCCCGGUAGUCUAAAACACAAGUCUGUGAUGAAGAAAGACUUCAGCAGGAUGGUCAAGGCUGUUGAGAACCAGGUUUCCGACAAUUACUACAGGCCUGACUUGAAGCAAGCUGCCCUUGCAAGGUUGAGCAUUGUGAACAGAAGCCUUCAAGUUGCCAAGUCUGGUGUUAAGAAGAGGAACAGGCAGCCACCUAAGCUCCGCGGCAGGAAGUGAAUUAGGUGUUGAAAUUUUGUCAUACUUUUGAGUAGUAGUUCUGGAUGACUCUUCGACUCAAUCUCCCAUUUUGUUUCUCUUAGUUUUUGUCGUGUGAGACAGUAUUAUUUUCAAUUUAUGAGAAAUAGACGACUUGGUUUCAACUGUUUUUGUCAUACAACUAAUGUGUUUGUGGAAUGGAUACAUAGAAGCAAUCAUUAUCAUUGAAAGUUGGAAGUUGUUAUUUCAUCCACCAUAAUUUGGAUGGUUUAUUUCCUUUC